CUCGGUCCUAGGCCCGGCAGUUAUCUCUGUGCUCUGCGCUUAAUCAGACCAGGCAGUCUGCUGUGAGCCACGACCCAGUCCAGCCGGGUGGAGUGUCAUCUUUGGUCACCAGUUCCCAUGAGGAGUUGGGCAACAUGGUGCCCACUGACCAGGUGGCAGAAAAGCAGGCAUGCGAGGAGCCCAGGCAGGGCCAUGAACUCAAGUCCUGGAGAUGCCUAGUAUUCUAUCUCUGCUUCUUCGGCUUCAUGGCUCAGUUGCGGCCUGGGGAGAGCUUCAUCACACCCCACCUCCUGAACAACUUCACAAUCGAGCAGGUGACCAACGAGAUCAUUCCGGUGCUGCCCUACUCCCACCUGGCGGUGCUGGUGCCAAUCUUCCUGCUCACGGACUACCUGCGCUACAAGCCGAUCCUGGUCCUGCAGUGCCUGAGCUUCGUGUGCGUUUGGCUGCUGCUGCUGCUGGGCAACUCUGUGCUGCACAUGCAGCUCAUGGAAGUCUUCUAUAGCAUCACCAUGGCCGCGCGCAUCGCCUACUCCUCCUACAUCUUCUCUCUGGUCCGCCCCUCCCGCUACCAGCGCAUGGCCAGCUACUCAAGGGCAGCGGUGCUCCUGGGGGUCUUCACCAGCUCUGUGUUGGGCCAGGUGCUGUGGGAAAAAGUCUCCAUCGUCACGCUCAACUACAUCUCCCUGGGCUUUGUCAUCUUCAGCCUGGGCCUCUCCCUCUUCCUAAAGCGCCCUAAGCACAGCCUCUUCUUCAACCGCAGUGCACUUGUGGACAGAGCCUUGCCCUGCGAGCUGGACCAGAUGCACCCGGGCCCUGGCCGGCCAGAGCCUGGGAAACUAGAGCGAGUGCUGAACACUUGCAGGAACUCCUUCCUGGUGUGCAUGCUAAGCGAACUGGUGGAAAAUUUACGACAACCACAGCUGCGCCUCUGGUGCCUCUGGUGGGUCUUCAACUCUGCAGGCUACUACCUGAUUGUCUACUAUGCACACGUCUUGUGGGGAACUGGCAGAAAACUCAACUACAAUGGUGCUGUAGACGCUGCCUCCACACUGCUGAGCGCCAUCACGUCCUUCUCUGCGGGCUUUGUGAAAAUCCGCUGGGCUCGGUGGUCAAAGCUGGUCAUCGCAGGUGUUAUAGCCAUCCAGGCUGGGCUGGUUUUCUGUAUGUACUUGGUCCAGGACAUCUGGGUACUCUACGUGACUUACGUGCUUUUCCGUGGGACCUACCAGUUCCUCGUGCCCAUUGCCACUUUUCAGAUUGCGUCUUCCCUGUCUAAAGAGCUCUGUGCCUUGGUCUUCGGGAUCAAUACAUUCCUUGCCACUGCACUCAAGACUGUCAUCACGCUUGUGGUCUCAGACAAACGGGGUCUGGGCCUCAAAGUUGAAAACCAGUUCUGCAUCUACUCCGUGUACUUCAUGGUUCUUUCGGGCAUCUACUUUGUCAGAGCUGUGCUGGAUGGUGUGAGACACUGCCGGCGUGGCCGCCACCAGCCCCUGCCCCUGCCCCAGGAGCUGAGUCCCUUGGAGACUUCUGCGCAAGUGCUGAGUGUGCAGGAUGGCGGCCUAGGGGGACUACAGCCCUCAGCGCCGCAGCUGCUCUCGGAGGAUGGCGUGGAGGACAGCGAGGCAAGCUUGAGAGCUGACGCCAAGGCCUGACGCAUGGUGACCUUGCUGGCUUCAUCCCAGUUCAGCGGGUGGAUCCCCUCCCACGAGGUCUCCAUCCCAAACCAGCCUGGGCCGGAUGCUGCGGAUAAGACUGUACUGUCUUGAGUCCCAGGGCCCAAGACGUGGGGGCCCCUGUGUUACCUUUCAGGAGACCUCAGAGUGUUCACAGGAUUCACCUUAGGAGCCACCUGCUUUUAACUGAGGGACGAUAGUUUGUCCCUGCUGAUAGUUUCUGAGAACUCUAGACUGAGCCUGCUUCAUGCUGUGGCUGUGGCCAAAGCCUGCUGGGAACUCUCAGGACAGCUGCCUGGCUUUGUGGCCCACAUGCCAGGCCACUGUGAGCCCGGAUUGCCUGUGGCUUGCCAAAAAGAGCCUGUGUUGGGGUCAGCUGUGCCCACCAGGCCAACCCGCUCUUAGGCCCUGAAAGCUCAGGACAAAUCAUGACUAUCUCCAGAGCUGGUGAGGUAGACCAGACAUCAGCCAAGGCACGCUGGCCCUGCAGGGUGCUGAUCCUUCUGUGUGGGGGAGUUGCCUCUCCUGCCUUCUGGCUACGCUGCCACACUUCCAUCAUUGGAGGUGCUUGUUUGGAUGGCUAUCUGAUCUUUUCUUUAAAAAAAAAAAACUAAAACAAAACUGACAUUAGAAUGAACAACUACAUACGGCUUUUCUGUUGUGAGAAGCUGGAGUCAGGUGGGCACCAGGCACAUUUCUGUCUGAUGGAGUAGUUACAGGCCCUUUUCGCCGGCAGACUUCGGCCCAGAGUCCCCCUUGGUUCUCCCCACCAUCCCUAACCAGUUAGUACUGACCUGACACACAUUCAGGCAGCACAGAUGUACCAGCCGUGAUCGAAACCGGGGCCCUUCUAGAGGGAAAUGCCUUCGGGGACUUGCACUGGAGAACCAUGUUUCCCGGCUCAGCUCCUGAGAGCUACCAGAGCUGGCUGUGAAGUGAAGACUAGCUGUGGUGUGAGCACUUUUUCCGAUACUGUAUAAACAGACCCCGGUAUGAGGGGGUUUCUCAUUCCAUGCUGGCCUGACCUGGUACAUAAGGACUGUAGUUGAUUAGCUUCAGCCAAAGCAAAGAUGCACAGCAGAGACUAGGCCCUUGGUGUCCUUGAGUUGACCUCCAGCUCCAGUGCAAGAUAUGACACCUCUAGGUCAUGCAAGUAGUGUCCUCCUGGCUGGCAAAAUUGGGUAACCAGCUCCGCCGAGGACAAACGUGUUAGUCGCAGGGAAGCUACUGAGCCAACUGUGCCUCAGGGCCUACCUGAAGGUUCACUUGGGAAAAGCCAUCUUGGGGACCCGGGGCUGAAGAAGAGGCUGCAAGCAGGGCUGGCCUGACACCCAGCUGGUGAUGGUUAGCGAGGACACUGGCCGGCUGCAUCCGUGUGUCUACACAGCACCCGGAAGCCUUACUGGGGAGGGACUUGGGGAUCUUGCAGGACGUGACUGAUGGACACAAGGCUUAUCCUUUGCCACAGGCAGAGAUUGUGGCUGCCUCUGCAAUGCCAGCCCGCCCUGCAGCCAUUCCUUGAGUAGCACCCAGUGCAAUAACCCAGUACCUGCUGGCAUUCUCCCUCAGAGCCUCUCCCAGCAAGAGCCCUCCCACAGCACCUGCCCGCCCUGGCCUGCGGCUCUGUAACCCUCACCUGGCAGCCUGUCCUGGCUGAGGACAGUCACCUCUUUUAUCCUGGACCCUUCUGUCAGCCGCCAGCUGUCCUUCACUUGGCUGGAGGCCUUGGACAUGGUCUUCUGUGUCAGCCUCAGCCAGGACAUAAUAGUGAAUACAAGUGGCGGUAGGCCUGGGGCCCAGGGAACAGAUCCCCUGCAAAAGUUUUGAGAUGUAUUUUAUCCGCAGGAGUGUUAGCUUGAAUGUAUCAUGUGUGUAUCACAUGUGUGCCUGGUGCCUGCGGAGGGUGUCAGACUGCCUGCAACUAGAGUUAUGGAUGGUUGGAUACAAGUUGCUCUGUGGGUGCUGGGAACUGAACGCGGGUCCCCUGCAAGACCAGCAAGUACUCUUAAUUGCUGAGCCAUCUCACUAGCCUCCUCUACAUGAUUUUGAAGUCACCUUGUGUGUUCUGCUGGAUACCAGGUAGAGGGUACUGACAACAUCUGUACACAUCCAUACAAUACAUGUAUGUGUAUGCCUGCAUACCUUGUAUGUAAACACACCUGAAUAUGCCUUUGUAUACCUCUGCACACAGACAUGUCUGUGUAACUAGCAACAGCACGCAUACCUCUGUGUACCAUACAUGCACACAUUUGUGCAAGCCACAUACAGUUAUAUGUAAUUGUGCAUAGCCUCUGUACACCCAUCCAAACCUGUGCAUACCUGACCGUGUACACCAGUUCAUUCGUACAUACACAUGCACAUCUGUGUUCACCUCUUCACAUGUGUGUACAGACCUGUAUCCAUGGACAAAUGACUACCCACGCUCACCUGUACUCCCUUUGCAGAACUCCAGCUGGGAAGUCCAGGGACAGAAUCUCCCAGGUCUCAUCUUGGACGGUGUGUCCUUUUCAGCACAGGGAAGGCAACUUAUAAAACCAAGCAUCUGUAUAAAAGGUCACUUUUA